UGGCAGGCGAGCCGAUAAAUCGCGGACGGGCGUCACAUUCCACUCCGCGCGUACCUCUUGUCGCCCGCCCUCGUCAGCUUGCUCACCUACUGUGAUGGCCAUGCCGAUGCAUCUCAGCCGGUUCUUCCCCGGCCUCGUUGUUUCCUCCGGAGUCCGAUCGACGGUCGGCGCAAGGCCGUCGCUCGCCAUCCGAUGCGGCGGAGCCGAAGGCGACGCCCUCGAGGCGAACUUGGACUUCGACAAGAAGGCCUUCCGUCACAACCUCACCCGCAGCGAGAACUACAACCGACGCGGGUUCGGCCACAAGAAGGAGACCCUCGAACUCAUGAACCAGCAAUACACUAGUGAUGUGAUUAAGACGCUGAAGGAGAACAACAACGAGUACACAUGGGGCGACGUGACGGUGAAGCUGGCGGAGGCGUUUGGAUUCUGCUGGGGAGUGGAGCGAGCGGUUCAGAUUGGUUACGAGGCGAGGAAGCAGUUCCCUGAAGAGAGGAUUUGGAUCACCAAUGAAAUCAUCCACAAUCCGAUGGUCAACAAGAGGUUGAAAAAGAUGGAAGUCAGAGACAUUCCCGUUGAUGAUGGCAAGAAACAAUUUGAUGUUGUUGAUAAGGGUGACAUCGUGAUUUUGCCAGCAUUUGGAGCUGCUGUUGAUGAGAUGUUUACCUUGAGUCAAAAGAAGGUCCAGUUAGUUGAUGCUACUUGUCCAUGGGUGUCGAAGGUCUGGAACACUGUUGAGAAGCACAAGAAGGGUGAUUAUACUUCAAUUAUACAUGGCAAAUAUUCACAUGAAGAGACCAUUGCAACCGCUUCAUUUGCAGGAAAAUAUAUUGUUGUGAAGAACAUGACCGAGGCACUGUACGUAUGUGAUUACAUUUUUGGUGGGGAGUUGGAUGGAUCUAGCUCAACAAAGGAAGCAUUUCUUCAGAAAUUCAAGUAUGCGGUUUCUGCGGGAUUUGAUCCUGAUGUUGACUUAGUCAGAGUAGGUAUUGCAAAUCAAACUACCAUGCUCAAAGGUGAAACAGAGGAAAUUGGUAAACUGGUUGAGAAGACCAUGAUGAGAAAAUAUGGAGUGGAGAACAUCAAUGAGCACUUUGUUAGCUUCAACACCAUUUGUGAUGCCACUCAGGAAAGACAAGAUGCUAUGUACAAGCUGGUGGAAGAGAAACUUGAUCUAAUUCUAGUAGUUGGUGGAUGGAACUCCAGUAAUACUUCACAUCUACAAGAGAUUGCUGAGCUCAAGGGAAUUCCAUCUUAUUGGAUUGACAGUGAGCAGAGAAUUGGACCAGGAAACAGGAUAAGUUAUAAGUUAAAUCAUGGAGAACUUGUUGAGAAAGAAAAUUGGUUACCUUCCGGUCCAAUAACGAUUGGAGUGACCGCAGGUGCUUCUACUCCUGACAAGGGCCCUUCUUUCUUCCCAACUUAAGAUGCUGCUUCUGCAAUUCUCAGCAUUUUGCAGGCUGUGGAGGAAACACUGGUCAAGAUCUUCGACAUCAAACACGAAGAACCCUUGCAAUUAGUAUAGCUCGAGACAAGACCUGGAGCGAUUUGUUGUUCAUCGAAGCAAGCUGCGCUGCAUGUACUGCAUUACGUUAUACAGUAGUCAUUGCGUUAUACAGAAUAAUGUUAAGCUGGUAAACUGUUGUUUGUACCUCUAAACUCUUCCACCUUGAGUUGAUGUAUGUGGGUUGAUGUAUGUGGGUCCUCUGUUGCUGACCUCGGCAAUUGCUGUCCCAUUUCACUAGUUGUUUCCAUAUUGCAUGUUGUGAUCGUUGAAUGUAGGUAGGCAAUGGCAACCUAUAUUAUAUUGAUCAUUUUGCAUAGUAGACAUGGAUGUGGUUUUGUUUA